UUGUCCCCACCUUUCUGCUCGCCAGUGGUCCAGCCGCUGCGUUGCUUGGGCUGUCACCAGGCAUUUUCUUCUUGGGCCUGCGAUGACACACCUUAGUGAUUAGGCCUCCAUCAUCGACCAACUGGAAGCUGUUCGGGUCACUUAACCGACCGAAACUGCAGACUGUUUGGGUCGAGGGAGAAUUUUGAUUCUUACCCAUUAUUCAAAGAUUGAAGUCACCGUUUCAAGAGUGUUUCCAAGUAGUAUUUUUGCCGUAGCACGAUAGAAAUCAAAAUCAACAAAGAGCAUAGCGGCGGUAUCAAUGUCUCGGGUAAAACAUGAUGCGUCGACUCUCAAAAUUUUCAGAAAUCCAAAAAUCGCAUUCGCUUUUGGUUUAAUAUUCGCGGAUGCCCUUCUUGUGGCUCUUAUUAUCGCCCAUGUUCCAUAUACCAAGAUCGACUGGGAUGCUUACAUGGCACAGGUAAAUGGGUUUCUUGGAGGAGAGAGGGAUUACAAUAACUUGAAAGGUGACACCGGGCCUUUGGUAUACCCAGCUGGGUUUCUAUAUGUUUAUUCUGCUAUAAAGCAUAUCACUGGGGGGGAGGUCUAUUCAGCUCAGAUUCUUUUUGGCAUUUUAUAUAUUAUAAACCUGGCAAUUAUCUUAUUCAUAUACGUGAAGACCAAUGUGCUACCAUGGUGGGCUCUUAGCUUGCUUUGUCUAUCCAAAAGAGUACACUCAAUCUUUGUGCUUCGGCUUUUUAAUGACUGCUUUGCCAUGACACUCCUCCAUUCUUCAAUAGCCUUACUUCUUUAUCAGAAGUGGAAUUUGGGCUUGAUUGUUUUCAGUGCAGCCGUCUCAAUAAAGAUGAAUGUGCUCCUCUAUGCUCCACCCUUGUUACUCCUUUUGUUAAAGGCUAUGAGUGUCAGUGGUGUGAUUUCAGCUUUAGCUGGGGCAGCACUUGUGCAGAUCCUUUUGGGGCUGCCUUUUAUAGCAUCACAUCCAAUUGCAUAUAUAUCAAGAUCCUUUAAUCUCGGGCGUGUUUUCAUCCACUUCUGGUCUGUAAACUUCAAAUUCAUUCCAGAACAAAUUUUUGUGUCAAAGGGAUUUGCAGUUUCUUUGCUGACGGCACAUCUUGCAUUAAUUGUAGCUUUUGCUCAUUGUAGGUGGUGCAAGCAUGAACAAGGACUUCUCAAUUUUUUGCACUCCAAGUAUGUUUCUCUAAAGCCAAAAUUUGCUCUUUCAAGCUCUAAGAGUUCAUCAUUUAGGAUUCUGAAGAAAGAAUAUAUUGUAACGACUAUGUUUGUUGGGAACUUUAUUGGCAUAGUGUGCGCUCGCUCAUUGCAUUAUCAGUUCUACUCGUGGUAUUUCUACAGCUUGCCGUACCUAUUGUGGAAAACAUCGUUUAAUACGUUGCUUCGUUUGAUAUUGUUUAUAGGAGUGGAAUUAUGCUGGAAUGUCUAUCCUUCAAGCAUUUAUUCAUCUUUCCUUCUUUUGUGUCUACACUUAAUUAUACUGUGGGGAUUAUGGUCUGCUCCUGCCGAGUAUCCUUAUGCAGACGACAAGCCUGCAACUAGAAAGAACAAAUAAACUUGCAAGGGCUGAUAUUCCUCUCCCUACUAAUUUGAUUUUUUUUAAUGUCAUUGAGAGAAUUAUACAGAAUAGUUAUCGAAGGAUAAGAAAUAAUUACUAACUUUCCUUAUUUUGUGUUAGUUUUAAAAUUUUAUUGUUACUGUUGUAAGUCAUACCAUAAACUAUAUAAAGGCUAAUCUGAACUACUCUACACUUGCUUGA